CUCUCUCUCUCUCUCUGUCUUGUGGUCAAAGGAAGCCAUUGAUUCAUAACUUGGGCUGUUUUGUGGGAUCAGUCCUCAAGAUAGACCGAGAGCAAGAAGGCAAGAGACGGGGGCACGCAGAACAACAACUGUGUGGGAGAGAGGAAGAGAGAGAGGGAGAUAGUCCGAAAGAGGGACAAAAAGAGAGAGAGAGACAGAGGGAGGAGACGGACUGAGACAGAAAUGAGAGAGAGAGAGACAUGGACACGGAUACUGAAGUGGAUGACGAGAAAGAGAGGGCAGCUGAAGAGAACAGGGCUGUGCUUUGUUCUUCUGUAGCUGCUCCUCUGGCCCUGAGGAGAAACGAUGAGCACAGCCCGGGGGAGCGGGAGAUUGUGGAGGGCUGAGGUGAUCCGUGGGAGGGGAGGGGAAAGAUGGGAAACACAUACAAAGUGACCGACAGAAUAACGUGGAAAUGAGAAACAAACGCUACAUGUUUUCUUUGAGGCGGGAGGUUAAACCGUGCUUGAGAGCCGUUGUCAGAACGAAUGAAGUCUAAAGAUCCAAGACUCUACAGACCUUGCUGGCAGCUCUCAAAUUAAAUGUGGCAGUCGUUUCUCACUAUCAGUUUUGCACAAUUCUAGACAAACCGUUCACUGGAAAAAAAAGAAGUAGGGGACUGGGCCAAAAUAAAUAAAUGAAACUAUCUGGUAGAUUCAAACGUCUAUUGGCCGAUGAAAAGAGAACUGUGAAAAACACUUUUCUCUGUGGGUGUUUGUGGGUAGAGGGGGGUGGCCAUGUGAAUACACUUGGUUAGACAGGCCCUUGGCUUUUUCAAAUCCGUUGUCCAUUGUCCUUGAGAGUGGCUUCACAGCUUUUUGACCACAAUGGAGAAAUGACAACCUACAAACAUGAGACACUUCUGUCACGUGUCGUUACAUGUAACCACCUGUUCCAGUUCCAAGUCACAAUCAAAUAAACCUCAUUCAGGCACUACUGCCACCAUCAAAACACACCUUCCAGAACAGUCUUACGUUUACCAACGUAGUCUGGGUUAGUGUUUGUGAGUGUUUACUCAUAAACACUCAUCCAACUAUGUAUCAGAGGUCAAAUGGAACAUUGGAGCUCAGAGUGUGUUCUUUACAAACAAACCUAUUACUCUAUGACUCGAUAUUAGAGCAUUUAGACUGAUUAGCGCAAACCAAGUAGAGAUGGGUUGAGUGAUUAAUCAUUAGUUGAUCUGCACUCUUCUCUUUUUAGAGUCUGUACUUUGAGCCUAAAUACAGGUUUGUAUUAUCAACUGAACGACUGCGCAUCAAAGAUUUUUCUCAUCUUUCUCUCCUUCUUUCUCUCUGCUCCUCUUCUUGGUCUUGCCCUCUCUUCUCUCCACCGUGUAGACAACAUGGGUUGUUUCCGCCUGCUCUCAGAGGCAUGGACCCGGGUAGAGAGCUCAGACAGUGUGGUCUAUGCUGUGAUCACACGGGACGACGGUGAGGCGGUGAGCAGCUCAUACGAGUCAUACGAUGAGGAGGAAGUGACAAAGGGGAAGUUGACACUGUCCGCGCAGCACCAGUGGCCGUCCACGGAGGCGUCGAUCGAGCUGAUGAAGGACGCCAGGAUCUGCGCCUUCCUCUGGAGGAAGAAGUGGCUGGGCCAGUGGGCCAAACAGCUGUGUGUCAUCCGAGAACAUCGCCUCCUGUGCUACAAGAGCUCCAAAGACCAGACCCCCCUGCUGGACGUCAGUCUGCUGGGCUGCACCGUGGUCUACAAGGAGAAGCUGCCCAAGAAGAAGGAGCACAAGCUAAAGGUGAUCCCCAUGGGAGGGGAGACCCUCGUCCUGGGCCUGCAGAGCAAGGAGCAGGCGGAGCAGUGGCUCAAGGUGAUUCUGGAGAUCAGCCCCAGGCCAGCAGAGGGCCAGGAUACCCAGCACCAGGUCUCCGACUCCCCACGGCUGAUCUGCACUAAGACGCUGCCUUCCCAGGUGGAGCUGAGCGAGAGGUACUCCGUGAUGUCAGAGAGCGGCAGCAGCACCGACAGCCACGCGGACGUCCCGGAGAGCAAAGACGUGAAGAAGAAGUACGGAGCAGGGCUGAAGUUCAGUAACCUCAUGAACAUGGGCAAGAAGAAACCCCUGUCAUUAGAAAUAUCAGAGAAAUGUGUCGACACCUCAGGUUACCUCAACGUGUUGGUAAACAGCCAAUGGCGGAGCCGCUGGUGUCUGAUCAGGAAUGGACAGCUGUGGCUCUACCAGGACAAGGGCAAGACCAAGGUGGCCCAGCAACCGGUUCCCCUGGAGGGUUGCAUGGUGGUUCCAGACCCCAGCCCUGAACACCUCUACUCCUUCAGGAUCCAGAACGACGGAGCGCAGCUGGCCACUCUGGAGGCCAAGUCGUCAGCAGACAUGGGCCACUGGCUGGGCCUGCUACUGUCCCAGACAGGGACCAAGACCGACCCCGAGGAGCUCACCUACGACUACGUCAACUCAGAGAGGAUCUCCAGCAUCGUCAACGCAGCCAAGACGUCCUUAUAUCUGAUGCAGAGGAGGUUCUCUGAGCCCAACAACUACAUAGACAGCCUGCCCUCCGUCCCUCAUGGUUCAGAUGACCUCUAUGACGAUGUGCCCUCUAUAGAGGCCGACCCAGAGGACGCUGAGGACAGCAGUCUCCUCGAGAGCCGGGGGGACAGCGCCCUGUGUGGUCAGGAGGAGCUCUGCGGCCUGGAGGUCAAGCCUGCGCUGGGCUCGGGGCAGGAAGCUGCCCACCAGGUUUACCUGGAUCUCAUCCCGGUGAGGUCGUUCCUGCACACGUCCGGUGGGAGAACGUGUCCUCCUAAAGACUCGUCCAGCCCCACAGCAGCCCCCGCCGAGGGCCCGUUAGACCCCCACAGCACUGUGGAAUCGAAUAGCCAAUCAGACCUUAGUCCUUCGUUGACCCAAAAUGGCGCCAAUCCCACCGCUACCACCAGCAGAAGCGAACCAGAAUGCCGUUCCCCGUGCCCCAGUCCCAUCCCUCUCCAUACCCCGCCUCAGAAGAACACCUUCCCCAGCCAGGACACUCCGAGGAAGGCUAACCCCGGAACAAAGACCCCUCCUGUCUCCAGUGCAGCUCCCCUCAGCACACACCCACCCAAGACUCAAGUGGGACUGAGUCUUAGCACAGCCAGUGUUCCCCCACACAGUCCCCAGCCCCCCAGAGGAAGGAGCACCAGCAGUGGAGACAAGAUCAAGGCUCUGUCAACAGCCCACCCCGGAGCCAUAGAGGCCAAGCUGGGGAAGAACCGGACGGAGGCCGACUUGCGGCGCUACACAGACGAGCGAGACGGUCUGGAGCGCGAGAGAGAGGAGGUGAAGAGCAGCCUGGCCCAGCUGAAGAAGCAGAGGAGGGAAACCAAGGAGGAGCUCAGCACCUGCCAAGACCCGGGGCUGCAGGCCUCGCUGGAGGCGUGUCUGAAGCAGAAGGAGGAGGCGUGCCGGGAGGCGGAGCGCCGGCGGGUGGAGGUGGAGCUGAGGCUGAUGGAGGUGAAGGAGAACCUGAGGAAGGUGGAGUCAGGGCCUUUCACUCUAGGGACCACCUUGAACAGUCUCCAAGACACGCCUACGCCAAAGGCGGUAUCUAUGACAACCACCCAAACCAGCAACAGUGGAGACUUGUCCUCACCAAUCAACUCUGCCACGGCUCUGAAGAACAGGCCUGCGUCCGUCAUGUCCUCAAGCAAAGGAAACGUCCUAGAGAAGACUAAGGAAUGGGAGAAGAAGUCCACCACCUAGUACAGAAAGAAAAGGUUUGUUAUGUACAGAGCCGGAGGUCACCUGACUAUGGUGACUAGGUGCCCCUUGUCCAGGUCCGCUGUUCAUCCCCUCACAUGGCCAUGCAGGGAGGAGCUAAUGAUAGGGUGCUUCAGCAAAGAUCCAAUCACAAAGAAGCACACCUGUCUCCUGGACUACCAGUGCCACUGGACAACCUUAGAGUUACAGACUAUUUAAAAUGUUUUAAGGGAGAUAUCAUCCAGUUAUUUGAUUAUAAUGGAAACGUUGAAUGUUUGUUCAAUAGACUGAAGUAACAUGCCCAAAGACGUGUAAGAGACCACUGAGUAUCAUUUUAUGCCUUCGCCAUCUCUUUACCCCUCUACAUGGCCAUUUGGUACUGUCUAGAUCGUAGCUUGGUUCGUGUAUGCCGGUAGCCAAGAUGUAAAUACAUAUUAUUACACGGUUCUAUUCUGCCUGUUUGACUUGUUGUAUGCUAGCUAAAACUUGCACUUUUUACUCAAAUAAAAGGUAGUACUGACAGCAA